UGAAGAGGCCACCCUGAUCAUAUUUGUUUGCAUGCUCUAUCAGAAGUUCAGCCAGUUGAAUAACUGUUUCAGAGUACACACACGGAGUGGUACAAAGUUCAAAACUGGCACGAAAAUAUAAUAGUUUUGUUGAAUCAUCAUACGAUCAGAGUUGAACCGGCGAUUUCAGCCAUCAGUCAAGAUGCGUUUUUCCUGGCUGCAACUGGCGGUCUCUUGCCUCAUCGUAGCCGCAUCGGUAGCCGAUGAAAUUGACAGCUUUUGGGAUAAGUAUAUCGCACUCAUCCAGACCAUGGACAAGUACGGCUACGGGGAUCCUACACUCAUAGAUCAACUCCACCAAAAUUCAUCCAAUAUUGAUGUCAAUUUCGACUGUAAGCCGUCUGUGUCCCCGGAAAAGCCGACUUCAGUGAACAAAUUGCGUCCGGGUGACAUUAACAUAGUCGGUGCGUUGGGAGAUUCUCUCACUGCAGCCAAUGGCGCUGGUGCGAAAACACUAAUUGGGGUUGCCAUAGAGUACAGGGGUCUAUCAGCUCCGAUCGGAGGCGACAAGGACCUUUCUAGCGUCGUCACACUUCCAAAUGUCGUGAAGAAAUACAACCCGGCUGUCUAUGGCUUCUCCACGGGUACGGGAGGCGUGAGCAACCCAAAUUCCAAGCUAAACGUGGCUAUACCUGGAGCAGUUGCUGAAGGGAUGCCAGGUCAGGCCAAAACUCUAGUAGAUCGCAUGCGCAACGACCCAAACGUCGACUUCGACAACGACUGGAAGUUGGUGACUCUGUUCAUUGGCGGCAACGACCUGUGUCGACAGUGCGAAAACCCGGACCGUUUCUCAACGGCCAACUACGUGGCUCACGUGGAGGAGGCUAUACAAAUUCUGUCUGAAGUGCCCCGAACGUUUGUCAAUGUCAUCGGCAUAUUGGAGGCGUGGCGUGUCGCCGAGCUGACAGGAAUAGUCUGCGAUGUACUUCAUCUUGCUCUGUGCCCGUGUGGCAUGAGUGAAGACGGCAAGGAGAUGAUGAAAAAAGCCACGACAGAGUAUCAGAAUUUGCUGCAAGAUAGCAUCAACAGCGGGAAAUUCGACAGGGAGGAUUUUGCCGCCGUCUUCCAGCCGUUUUUCCUGGACACAAUUCUACCACGACACCCGGACGGCCAGCCGGACUAUUCGUACUUCGCUCCAGAUUGUUUCCACUUCAGCGCUAAGGCUCACGGAGCACAGGCUGUCGCUACGUGGAAUAACAUGCUCCAGCCGGUGGGGUCCAAGGAUAAAAGCUGGAAUCCUGGCGAGAAUAUGCGCUGUCCAUCAGAGGACUUCCCGUAUAUUUACACGAACGUGAACAGCAAGGAAUCUUGGAAGGACCCAGGAAACGAAGAUCAGGACCCAGACCAAAACCAACAACAAAACCAACAACAAGAUGACCAACAGCAAAGUGGACCAUCGGUGGCCAAUGAGGGCGGGCUGUCGAGCGGCGUGGUGGUACUCAUUGUCAUUUCGGUCUUGGCUGUGGUAGGGGGCGUAGCCUUGCUGGCGUACCGGCGCGUUAAGAAGCCUAAACAUCUAUAUGUGCAGAUGCAAUGAUUUGUGGGUUUCCUUCAGAAAACAAAAUUGCGAAGAUGGUGUUUUUUUAGCGCUUUUGGGUGCAAUAUCGUAGUUAAUUCAUCAUAAGUCACCAAAAAGCCGUCAUAAAUUGUCUCGAUUUCAGUACUGUUUAAGAAGUGUGCCACCUCGUAAAAUAAUGUCCCAAAUUGUAUUGCUAAAUACCUCCAAUUGAUUAAGUUGUAAGCCUUCCAAUGGAACCCCACACGGAAUCAUCGGCCGGAGUACUAUUUAAUAGAUACUAAGUUCAAAAAGAUACUACCCCAAUUGUGGUGUACCACUAGAAAAGCAGAAUUUGAAAUCGUUUAUCUUUACCUGAAUAAUAAUAAAGACAUGUAUAAGCAACAGUUAGAUUUGUUCAGCUAUAUACCCAGUUGUUUUGCAAUUUGUACAAUCGAAACAAUAUCAGAUUAGAUUGAAAGACUUGCAUUGUAAAGAGAACAAUUUGAGUAAGUUUGCCGUUGCACCAAGUAACACACAUCUUUGGUGAGAUUGUGAGGCCUAUAGACCAUUAUCAUGUUGCGGCCAUCCUGAGAUUCCCCAUUCAAAUCAACGUAACCAUAGCGAGGCUGGAAGGAAAAAUAGUCUGGUUCCUUUUUGCACAAAAACCAUUAUCAUUCAAUACUGUUAUUGCAUACAGGGGACAUGUCUGAAAUGGUGGCAGCAUGAUAAAGGUCUAUAGAACCGGGAAAACUCAACGUUCCGGACGGUAUGUUCUGCCCAACCCGUCGUCGGGAGACUAACGGAGCAUACUUUCCGAAACGGCGAGUUUCCCACGGUUCUUUUAAGAAGCAGAAACAUCACUUUAUUGUUAUCGUUCAAAGUAAAAUACCAGCAAUAAUAUAUGUUGUCCUGUAAUUUAAGAAACAGGACGUCCAUCAUACAAAAUUAACCACGCGAUUCGACUGGUCAGAAAUGCUAAAAGAGUCAGUGACUUUGAGUGUGUGUGCUUCGCCAUCUGAUCAUUAUUUCCUGUGAUGUAAUCCAGGAAUUGAUAGAUUUACUGAAAUAUGAAGACUUUCAAAGACCAAAAUCUCUGAAACCAAGGCUUAAAUAUAACGUCAUGUUUUUUUAUAUAUAUAAUAUAUUAUUAUAAUGUAAUUUGUGACCAUUAUUUCCAGCUAUCUAUACUCCAAAAUAGUCUAUACAGGGUGGAUCAAAAAAGGAAACCGAGAUAUUAUGGCUAAUUGGAACAGAAGGAGGGCACAUGUGAA